UUCAGAAAACUUCCAUCUUCAAACCGUUUUUCUUUAUUACCAAAAAUAAUAAAUGGAGGAAUAGCAGGUAUUAUUGGAGUAACCAUAGUUUUCCCACUGGAUUUGGUUAAAACAAGACUUCAGAAUCAAAAACCAGGUCCUGAUGGAUCCUUCAUGUAUAGAUCGAUGUUUGAUGCAUUUCGAAAGACAUAUACUGCUGAAGGAUAUUUUGGAAUGUAUCGAGGGUCUGCUGUAAAUAUUUUGUUAAUUACACCAGAAAAAGCCAUUAAAUUAGCUGCUAACGAUCAAUUUCGACAUUGGUUGGCAACACCUGGGAAGCCUUUAACAUUAUUACGCGAAAUGUUAGCUGGUGCAGGAGCAGGGCUUUUUCAAAUUGUUGUUACCACUCCUAUGGAAUUAUUAAAAAUUCAAAUGCAAGAUGCAGGACGAGUUGCUGCGCAAGCUAAAUUAGAAGGAAAAACUGUACCAAAAGUUUCAGCUACAUCAUUGGCACGAGAAUUAGUUGCGUCUAAAGGGUUAUUAGGUCUCUAUCGUGGUGUGGGAGCUACAGGAAUGCGUGAUGUAACAUUUUCCAUCAUUUAUUUUCCGAUGUUUGCUAGACUAAAUGCUUUAGGACCACGUAAAAAGGAUGGCUCUGGUGAUGCAGUAUUUUGGUGCUCAUUUAUGUCAGGUUGUGUAGCUGGUUCAAGUGCUGCUUUAGCUGUAAACCCAAUUGAUGUAAUUAAAACUAGGUUACAGGCGAUUAAAAAAUCUGAUGCCGAAUUAGAAUAUAAAGGAGUUGUUGACUGUUUUACAAAAACAUUACGUAAUGAAGGUCCUUUGGCAUUCUUCAGAGGUGGAGCAUGUCGAAUGAUAGUGAUUGCACCACUAUUUGGAAUCGCACAAACCGUUUAUUACUUAGGAGUAGCUGAAAGAAUUAUGGGCGUGAAAAAAUAAAGAGGCGAUAUUCAGUGUAAAGCAAUAAAAAGUAUCAGCAAUUAGUUCACUUUUAUCCUUACACAGUAUUAUUGUUAGCUCAUUUUUUGCGUUUUCACAUAUUUCUUAGACAUAGUUAUAUACUUAUACGAAUUUAAAAUUUAGUACCUACAGGUCAAAAACCAUUUACCAAAUUUCACUAAAUUAUCAUUGUGCAAUUAUAUGAUUCCGAGGCCAAUAACAGUUCAGGGUUGUUAUGAUUUCCWUAUUUUUAUUAAUUUUGUUGGCUUAAAUAGUUUAUAUAAUUGUACUAUUUUUAUGAAAAAAAACCAUUUAUGAUACUAUGAUAGACAAUAGUUAAAGAAGUUAACUUAAAUGAAAACCAUAAUUUAAAUAUAUGUUACUUAUAUUAAGAUUGAAAUUAACUGUGAUUGUUUAUGGACAUUAUCUUCUUUGUGUACUUAAAUAUUACCUGUGUUGUCAUGCAUUCCGUGUCCAAUGUAACCGUGAUUAUAUGUUAAUGCCAAAUUUUAUAUUUUACUUACUAUUAUUAAUGAUGUAGUAUUAUGCUUGUUUUAACUAUUUUAAUGAUGUCUAAAAACUAUGAUAAAUUUGACAAUUAACUUU